ACUCAUCAGUGCCUAGACAGACGGCGAAAGUCUAAUCCCUGGCCGCCUUUCCGCCUAAAUCAGUCCCAUUCGUAGACCAUUUUUUCAAUUCGUGGCUACUGCUGCUCUUUUUAUGAAAGCGGCGGCGUCUGCUCCUUUUUUUCGAAUCCCAUUCAAUGCCAAAUCAAAUCCUAUCUGCGUAUUAAAGUAGUCAAACUCAAAUAUUGAAUAUUCACAAAUUUCGCUCCGGCAAAGAUAAGUCAAUCAUAUAAGGAGGAUUUUGAGGUCUGAACGGGCCAAUCGAUUUUUCUAACUUUUUGAGGGAUCUGUGGCAUACGGACAGUAAGAUGGCAAUCUAUGAGUAUGACCCUGAUGUCAUUCGGUGGGGUCUACAUCAUCUAGAUGUCUGUAUACCGAAUGAUAGUGGCUGUCCCAAUACUGUUACUAAAUACGAUAAGGACUUGUCUGAAGUUGCAUAUGUAGAUGAAGAAUACUGUGAGCCCAUGCAAGCAAAUGUGUACAAUGACGAGAUAAUUGCUCAUGCUUAUCAAGAAGAACUAUCACGACUUGCAGCAGCUGAAACAUCAGGAUCUUCACAUGCUGAGGAAGAGCAUCAGCAAAUCUCAGUUCUUUCACAGGAUUGGUUUGGUUCUUCAAGAAGACACUGCAAUUCUGAAUGUCAAAGCAAUCAGGACGAUCCUGAUGAAGCAGGAAUGUUUAAAUUAUGCCCCAGCCCAGGACGAGCUGUUGUUAAUGCAGAGGACCAACCAGGUUCCCCAGAGAUAGAAGAUGAAUCUGCUCUUGAUGGAGAAGUUGGCAGGAGGUUGAAUCAGAUGUUCUCCGUCCCUCAUGUGCCUAGAAUUAAUGGAGAAAUACCUUCAGUUGAUGAAGCUACCUCUGAUCAUCAAAGAUUGCUAGACAGAUUGCAGUUGUAUGACUUGGUCGAGCUAAAAGUAUCAGGAGAUGGCAAUUGCCAGUUCCGCUCCUUGUCGGAUCAAAUAUAUCGUACUCCUGAGCAUCACAAGUUUGUUAGACAGCAAAUUGUCACCCAGCUUCAAUCUCAUCCAGAGUUGUAUGAAGGUUAUGUUCCCAUGGCCUAUGAUGACUACUUGAAAAGAAUAACCAAGACUGGCGAAUGGGGUGAUCAUGUCACACUGCAGGCAGCAGCAGAUUCGUAUGGUGUGAGGAUUUUUGUGAUAACGUCCUUCAAGGACACAUGCUAUAUUGAGAUUCUUCCUCAAAUACAGAAGUCAGACAGAAUAAUAACUUUGAGCUUCUGGGCAGAAGUGCACUAUAACUCCAUAUAUCCGCAUGGAGACGCCUAAAUGUUCACAUUUUAACCUAGAAGAAUUUCCUGAACUAGAAAACAAGAAAAAGAAGAGAUGGUGGUGGCCUGGCGGUUAAAAGUUGUUCAAUGUAGAACACUGGUUGUUUAGCGUUGCUAGGAGGUUGAUGUCCGGGAUAAUUUCCAUGCAAGACGCAGUUGAUCUGAUGAGCGUUGUUCACUUCACAUUCUUUUGUACAUAGGUUUCUACUGUAUAUAUAUGUAGUAGGAAUUUAAACCCCUUCUUUUUCUGAGGCUCUAUUCUUUUGUACAUAGUUUAAAGAUUUAUGAGGAGAAUUUUAACUUUUUGUGCGAGCACAGCACGAAUGCUAUUUGGCAAUUAUAUCCAUGCAUAAUUACUGUAUCA